AUGCAUUUCAGGACGCUCUACCGAUUAGCGUGCUGGCUGGCUCUGUGUCACGUUUCGGCUUGUACGCAAGUUACAACAAAGGACUUUGACUCGAGGGAGUACUUCGCCGUCCAGUUGGAGGAGUCGAUAGAACUGGAGGCAUUCAAGGAUUCACACAAUGACUGGCAGUAUGAGCAUGCUGCGCGGGGUUUGGAGCAUUAUCAUGUCUUUUCUACGCCCAUAGAUAAGCUACGGAAACGUGGGCUGGAAGAAUCACUGGACAUCAAGUCGUUCCAUCCUCUACCACCCAAAAGACUGGUAAAGAGGAUGCCCGUGAAAAUCGACAGUUCGAUGGAGCCUUUGAUUGAGGCUGAGAAAAGGCUAAAGAUCGAUGAUCCUCUUUUCGCCAAACAGUGGCACUUGGUGAAUACUGCUUCGCCUGGCGAUGAUGUCAACGUGACUGGAUUGUGGUAUGAAGGGAUUACUGGCAAGGGAGUGGUUACUGCGAUUGUAGAUGAUGGUCUGGACAUGGAUAGCAAAGAUUUAAAGAGAAGCUUCUGCAAGGAGGGCUCCUGGGACUUCAACGAUAAUACCAACCUGCCCAAACCAAGGUUGGACGACGAUUACCAUGGAACGCGGUGUGCAGCCGAGAUUGCAGCCGAGAAGGGCAACGAUUAUUGUGGGAUAGGGGUUGCCUAUGACUCAAAAGUUGCUGGUUUGAGGAUUUUAUCUGGGCAGAUCACCGCUGAGGAUGAGGCAGCUGCAAUGAUCUAUGCCCCUGACGUUAACGACAUAUAUUCCUGCUCCUGGGGACCACCUGAUGAUGGAAAGUCCAUGCAAGAGCCAGAGAAGAUUGUCAAAGAGGCUAUGCUGAAGGGUGUUCUGGACGGGAGAAAAGGAAAGGGUUCUCUUUACAUCUUUGCCAGUGGUAACGGUGGUAUGCACAAUGACAACUGCAACUUCGAUGGAUACACAAACAGCAUAUACUCGAUUACAGUGAGUGCUAUUGACCACAAGGGAUUGCAUCCACCCUAUGCUGAGGCAUGUUCAGCCGUGAUGACUGUGACAUACUCAUCCGGAUCCGGCGAACAUAUUCAUACCAGUGAUAUAAACGAUAAGUGUACCGAUAUCCAUGGAGGCACAUCGGCUGCUGCACCGCUUGCGGCUGGUUUAUACGCCUUGGUUCUACAGGGAAACCCAGACCUCACCUGGAGGGACGUUCAAUAUCUGACUUUGCUCACCUCGGUGGAGGUAAACGAAAACGACGGAAGCUGGCACGAUGGUCCACUGGGCAGAAGAUACUCGCACAAAUACGGUUAUGGCAAAUUGGAUGCAUACAAUAUGGUUCAAAUGGCAAAGACCUGGAAGAGCCUCAAACCCCAAUCAUGGUUUUGGUCGCCUGUUCAGCGUCCUGGGUCGAAGAUAGAAAGCCAAAAAUCCACGCUCACUCAUGAGUUCACCAUAGACAAAGAAUGGCUGGAGAAAUCCAAUUUUGAUCAUGUUGAACAUGUGGUUGUCACAGUGAACAUUGGUUCGUCUGCGAGAGGCAAGACAGCCAUCACUCUCAAGUCCCCAGGUGGCAUUGUCUCGGAACUAGCAGUUUCGAGGAGGUUUGACCAUUCAACUGAAGGCUGGAACAACUGGUCGUUUUCCAGUGUUGCGCAUUGGGGUGAAUCUGGUGAAGGAACAUGGACUCUGGAAGUGUCCACAACGGAUGCUGAAUGUUCGGUUGACUUUAACGAGUGGCAGUUGAAGCUUUUUGGAGAAUCCAUAGACGAGACAAAGGUCAAGAGGUUUUCUCUUGACUCGGACUAUUCGUUUGAUCCAAAUGCUCAGGAAUCAGAAGAAAGUUCAACGAUAGUGACUUCAAGUACGUCAACUUCUGUUUCCACGACGGCAGCGAAAACUACCUCCGAAACUUCGGCCGUCUCUACGUCUGAUGCCGGUGAUGCAACCAACGAGGGUAAAGGCAGCGAGGCCACUGGCGGGGAAGAAGAUGAGGAUGAUGGUAUCGAUGGAGAGGAUGGAUCAUACAGACACUCUACCGAGGGUCACUACUCGGAGUACUUCUUCUUUCUGGUCAUCAUUGGUUUCGUGAUCUUUCUGGCUUUGUUCAAGUCGGAACAGCUGCGGAGAAAGAGAAGAAGAAGAGGAAGAACAGACGAGUAUGAGUUUGAUGUGAUUCAACCUGAUGAUGAUUUUGACACGGAGGAGGAACUGACUGACGAUAGCUCACUGGUGAGCAGAGACCAUGCUGACAACCCCUUCGCAACCACUAGGAAAAGCACUGAUCUUUCAAAAGCAAGAGGCAUUCCUGCCUCGAAGCUUCCGAGAAACAGUGUGGACCAGAAAAGGGCGCAGCAAUUAGCUCAAGAUUCUAGAAGAGAAGAUGCUUUUUUGAGAACAGAGGAGGAAGAAAGACAGAAAUUGUUUGAUAACAUGCAUGGUUUUGAUGGGGAUGAUGACGAAGACGAAAUGUUCCGGAUUGGAUCUAGCCGGUGA